AUGACAUCUGCUGAUCUGAGAGAAGAGCUGACCUGCUCUGUCUGUACAGCCAUUUAUACAGAUCCGGUAACUCUGACAUGUGGACACAGCUUCUGCCUUGUCUGUAUCACAAAAACAUGGGACAGCCUGGAGUUCAGAAGGUAUUCUUGUCCUGAAUGCAGACAACUGUUUAUGACAAAACCCGAGCUUAAAAGAAACAUGAAGAUGUGUAAUAUAGUAAAGCAUUUCCUAUCUCUUCACCCAGAGCAAGAGGAGGUGGGAAUCCCCUGCACUUACUGUAUUCACUCUCCAGUACCUGCUGCUAAACUGUGCCUGCAUUGUGACGCUUCUCUAUGUGAAAACCAUCUUAAAGUCCACAGUAAUUCCAUGGAACAUAUUUUAAUUGAACCCACAACAUCCUUGGGGAAGAGAAAAUGUUCUAUCCACAAAGAAAUCCUAAAAUAUCAUUGCUGUGAGGAUGCUGUCUGCAUUUGUGUGUCCUGCAGGGUGGAGGGAGAGCACAAGGGCCAUCAUGUAGAGAAUCUUAAAGAGGCCUCUGAAAAAAUGAAAGAAAAACUGAGAAAUAUUCUCGAGAAACUGGCAUCCAAGAAAGAGGAGGUUGAGAGAAAGGUCAGUGGUCUACAGAAACACAUGAGGGAAGUGCAAGAAAGAGCAGCUAGUGUAAUAGAAGGAGUCACUGCCUUAAUCAGGGGCGUCAUGGAGCAAGUAGAGGACCUAGAGAAGAAAAUUAUCUGUGAGGUAUUCAGACAGGAAGAGCAAGUGUUACUGCAAGCCUCAAACUUAAUUCAGCAGAUGGAACUAAAGAAGGAGAAACUGUCCAGGAAUAUGGUUGACAUUGAGGAGGUGUAUAACAAGAAUGAUCCAUUAACUGUCUUACAAGGAUGGGUGCCAGACUGGACUGAUUGUUAUGAUGCAGAAGAGAGAAACAAUGAGGACAUGGAGAGUGAUAAUAAAAAGGUCCAUGCUGUAGGGGAUCUUGAUGUGGGUUUGGUCUCAGUGACCUUAUACUCAGGUUUAUCGAGAGCUGUGACUGGAACACAUCACAUAGUACAGGAGUCUUCAUGCAUGUCAGUGGAUGUAAACACAGGUUCAGACAUGUUACUGGAUGUAAACACUGCCAGUAAUAAUGUGACUGUAUCUGGUGACUUGAAAACUGUAUCCAGGUCAAAAAUAAGUCAGGGUCGCCCAGAAACACCGGAGAGAAUUGAAUAUAAUCAGGUCUUAAGUACCAGGGGUUUAUCUUCAGGGCAGCAUUACUGGGAAGUGGAGGUCGGGGAAACAGGGAGAUGGAUUAUAGGGAUGGCCUAUCCCAGUAUGGUCAGGAAAGGAAAACUGUCAUGGAUCGGGAUGAAUAACAUGUCCUGGGGUUUGUUGAGAUCAUAUAAUAAACAGUACUCAGUGAUACAUGACAAUGAAGAAAUUAAUUUGCUUCAUGUUGCUUCCUGCCAGAGAUUAGGGAUAUACCUGGACUAUGAGGUUGGGCGUCUGUCCUUUUAUGAGCUAAGCGACCCAAUCAGACAUUUACACACCUUCGCUGCCACCUUCACUGAACCACUUCAUGCAGGUUUUGGUGUGGGGCAGAACGCCUGGGUAAGAAUCCGUACAUUGAAUGAUGUGUGA